AUAUAGAUAGAUCUUAGUGAGCAGGCGAGAUGUUGGUGUAAUGUAAAAAAAAAAAAAGGUAGCCGCGAUUGAUUUGCGCCAGCGUCGUUUCUGGAGGUGGAAAUGGUGGUCAUAAGUGAUUUCCGGGGAUAAGUGAAACAUCCAGAAGCGGUCCUCAUCAUGGUGUCGUGGAUUAUUUCCAGGAUGGUGGUCCUGGCCUUUGGGACCCUUUACCCAGCCUACUCCUCCUAUAAGGCAGUCAAGACGAAAAACGUCAAGGAGUAUGUCAAAUGGAUGAUGUACUGGAUAGUGUUUGCGCUCUUUACCACGGCGGAGACGAUCACGGAUAUGCUCCUGUCCUGGUUUCCUUUUUAUUUCGAGCUGAAGAUCGCUUUUGUCAUCUGGCUGCUGUCACCAUACACGAAGGGCUCCAGCGUCCUGUACCGGAAGUUUGUGCACCCUACACUGUCCAACAAAGAAAAGGAGAUUGAUGAGUAUAUCGCCCAGGCAAAGGACCGCAGCUAUGAGACGAUGAUGCGCUUUGGGAAGAGGGGGUUGAAUAUUGCAGCCACAGCAGCAGUGACUGCAGCCGCCAAGGGUCAGGGUGUGUUGUCGGAGAAGCUGCGCAGUUUCAGUCUGCAGGAUCUGACGCUCAUUCAGAACGAGGAAGAGCUGCUGGAUGAUGACACACACACUGCUGCUACACUGCCCCGCGCUAAAACACGUACAGUGCGGGCCACAGUCAUACCGGCAGACAGCGAAUCACAGCUCGGUUCCCGGUCUGACACCGACCAAUCAGAUAGCAGGGUGGAGCACUCUGAUGAGGACAUCGCUGAUAAAGUGCCCAAGCGAACGGCCAGCAUGAGAGCAGCGAAGAAACUGACCCCUGCUAAGACAGAGACAGUUAAAGUAGUGAAGAAGCAGCCAAAGAAGAAGAGCACCACCAGCAAUAAUGCAGAGACGCCACCUUGAGAUCCCAGCCAAGGCCACACAUACACUCGCACACACUAAUACGUUUGGAGAUAGACACACACACUGUCUCACUCACACUCAGCAAGGUCGUUGUUGCUUAUUAUAGAUAGUUUUUCAGCUUCUGUAUUUGUGUGUGUGUGUGUGUGCGCGCGUGUGUGUGCAGAAUACCCAUAACGUCCUCUGUAGGCCUAACUCUUACUGAUGUCCCUCUAAGUAUCCGUACACAUUUCAUCCACUUCCUCACAGCUCCGCUAUGUUUUAGGACAUCAAGUCUUCCCGUCACUGUUCCUUUUUUAAGCAUGUAGGACAUACCGCACGGGACUUGCAGCUUGCAGACGGGAAAAAAACCCAUAGUGUGAAAGAUGGAAGGAUGGACUCUCAGCCUAUUGGCUUAGCUUUCAGAGUUGAGUAUGUGGUGGAUUUCAGGGCUGCAUGCACAGCUCUGUCUUCACUCCACACCACAGGAUAUUAAUCACCAUCGGCUCUGAAAGAUUUAUGCUUGGGGAGAGGUUCCUUUUCUCCAAAAACAUUCUUGCUGUUAAUGAGGGCUUUAUUGGAACUGCUGCUGGAAACAGUCAGGCUUCACUUCAUGUCUGUCUUCUGACUGAAAAACAAAAGCCACCUCAUUGGGUUUAUAUUUCCAUUAUAAUAAGUAGAAUGAUUAAGGCUUAUAAUAGACAUGCAGAAUAGGCACAGCAAUAUGUCACGAUGACAGAGCACAUCCCAAUCCCAUGUUUUCUGUUUUGGAUACGAUGCCACUAUUAAUUGGCAUCUGAGCCUGAACUCAUCAUAAAGGUCCUCACGUCCUAUUCCAGUCUCUCCAAGCUUUUGUUGCAGGGUUAUCCAUGUAUUGAUCCCCAGAUUCAGGCCUGUAUCAGAACUUAUACCAGUGCUCGGUAUGUUGAGCUCCGCUCAGAUCGUUGCGUCCCUAAUGACUGUACUUGAGGUUUUCACGUCUCAUGAUCUCAGUGUCUCAGUCUUUAGUUUUGCUGAGGUUAAGAUUGGAACAAAUGCAUCACGAGCAAAACAGCUGUAUGACCAUAUAAAACAUAUAAGUGUAAUAUUAGUACGACGGACAUAAAUGGAGAUACGGAUAGAGGAUACGAAGACAUAAAGAUGCAUAGGGACACUCAGACAGAGAGACAGACCCCGACAGACCGAGAUGGAGACAUACAGAGACAUACUGAGCGAUAUACUGACACACACAGACAGACGGAGGCACACACACUGACAGAGAAACACAAGGGACAGGGACAGACAGGGACAG